UCUUUAGAAUGCAUUUGAAGAGGGUGGUGUGCUGCAUGAGAAAAAAGUUUAUCUCUUUGGUUGCACUGAGCCUCUACUGGUCCACUCCGAGGAUGAAAGCAAAGUUAUUUACAUACCUGUUGUUGUAGCAGUUGUAUCACCUUUUCCUCCAUCUGAUAAAAUUGGGAUUAAGUCAGUUCAGAGAGAGACUGAGAUAAUUCCCAUGAAACAAAUGAAAAUGGACUGGGUUCCAUAUAUCCCUCUGGAGAACCGAGAAAGCCAGGUUGAUAGGUUGAAGUCUCAAAUAUUUAUCUUGAGUUGCACCCAAAGAAGGGCUGCUUUGAAACAUAUGAAGAUUGAUCGUGUGAAGAAAUAUGACUACUGCUUGCCUUAUUUCUACGACCCAUUUAAGGAAGAUGAGCUUGAACAGAGCACUGAGGUUCCAAUACUAUUUCCAGCAGAGCCAAAUCCGGUUGUCUGUGGUUUUGAUUGGGAAUUAGAUGAACUUGAGGAGUUCACUGAUAAGCUCAUACAGAAGGAGGUGUUAUCAGAAGAUCACAAAGAUGCUUUUAAGGAAUUUGCCAAGGAAAAAGUACGUGAAGCAAAGAAAACUAAUAGAGAGGCAAGGGAAGCUCGAAGAAAAGCCAUUGAAGAAAUGAGGGAGGAAACUAAAGCUGUAAUUAAGAAUAAGCGAUCUUAUAAGUUCUACCCUGUGAAAAGUCCAGACACACCUGAUGUAUCAAUGAAGUCUAGAUACAUUAACAGGUAUUAUGGAAACGCUAAUGAAGAACUGUGAUUGGAUACAAGAGAAGAUAGCUUCAACUCGCAGGCUUUUUUCGCAUGCCACUAUAGAGAUUUUGUUACUGUGAUGUACAAGUCUUUGGGAGGCAACCCCUUGGUGCCCUAUUAAAUUUGAUUUAGCAGUUUUGGUUUUUGGUUUUUGAAGGAACAAACAACGUAAAAUGUAGCUUAUACCAAGUAAAUUAGAUGUUCAGAUAGGAAGAUUAUAUGAUAUGUUGCUGAUUUUCAAUUUCUAGAGAAUGUUGAGAUUCAGGGGCUUCAAUUGGCGUUGCUCUUGCUAUCUUGGUACUUUUGAGAUUCUUUCCAUUUGAAAGUUGAGAUGUAUAGUUUUUAUUAGAGUUUGA